AUGUUCACAUCCCGAUCCAUUUCCAAGAGCUUUGUCUCGGUGGCCCAGCGCGAAGGCGUCGGCGCGACAGUCCGCCGGUCCAUUGGCCACCCGAUGCUGCGCCGCCUCGACCCGUUCUUGAUGCUCGACGAGUUCCACGUGCAGCUCCCCGGUGGGUUUCCCGACCACCCGCACCGCGGCUUUGAGACCAUCACGUACCUCUUGCCGCACUCGCCCGGCAUGAUGCUCCACGAAGACUUUUGCGGCCACCGCGGCGAGCUCGCGCCUGGCGACCUCCACGAGCCGGAACAAGCCCGCGAUUGGCCUCCAGCUCUGGCUCAAUUUGCCCAAGUCGCUUAAGAUGACUGAGCCGAAAUACCAGGAGAUUCCG